AUGGCGGUGUCCAAGCCCUCGAGCCCGCAUGUGACCGAGGACAGCCAAGUCAUCGCCCUGCUCGAGCAGAACAACAAGCUCCUCAAAGGAUUUACCAAGCUCCUCGAGGAGCAGAGCAAGCUUGCCGACUUGCAGAACCAGAGCCUCGCGUACAUCGCCGAGAAGGCGGGGUGCGCCGAGAUGCGCCAAUGCCUCGCCAGCGGCGAGGCAACCGACGCUUCGAGAAUGUUGGGGAUGUGGUGUCGAGGGAGUUCCGCGCUGUGCCGCGAGAACAUUCGAGGCGCCGCGUUGGCGAGUGCCCUCAAGAAUGGGAGCCCCGAGGGGAUCAAGUACGAGGGCAUCUUCCGAGGCAGGGGUCGGCGCCGAAGCGAGCUCUUCUGCGCGAUCUUCUUCAAGGCGCACAUCGAGCGGAGCGGCGAGACGACCAACGCCUUCGACGACGCAGACAAGAGCGCCAAGACGCACGACGCCAUGGUCGGCGAGAAGGUCGAGAUGAUGCCCAAGGGGCCCGCGACCGACAUUGUCAGGCGAGCGUUCGGCGAGGUCCCCGCAGAUCUGCAAGCGCCGUGCGAGAUCAUGCUCCCAGUGAACAAGCAGUGCAAGCCCAUCUUGUCGAGCGACAGCGACGAGCCAGACGAGGACACGCGCGCGUUCGACACGGUCGCCUCCGUGCCCGAGGCGGCCAAGCCAUACUUCGAGAAGUUCCAGGCAAACAGCAUCGCGAACUACGAGAACGAGCGCAUCCUCGUGACCGAGGGGAUCGUCGCUUGGUGCUGGCAAAUCGCCGGGUUUGCCAAGAAGCGCCACGAGCUCGAUCAACACGGGUACUUCAUCAAGCGCGCCAAGAUGGACGAGGACGCCAAGUACCAGAGGAAGCUCGAGUACGAGAAGAAUUUCUUCGACAUCUACGUCCAGCAGAAGUUUCCGAGCUACUACAAUAUCAUCGAGGAGUACAAGGAUAUGUGCGACGAGAAGAAGCGCAAGCAGGAGCUCAAGACGUCCGAGGCGCAGGCUUGA